GUCAGGAUGUUCACCCUCGACACACUUUUUACUGCCGUGGGUCUGGCAGGCGCGCUGGCGAUGGCCACACCCAUCGUCCGGCAAGAUUGCGCGUCCGUGUACCUCAUCCAUGCCGCGGGCACGUCCGAGAGCGGCCUCGGAGCCGUGGGCGAGCCGUUGUCGGGGAACUUGACCUCUGCUCUUCCAUCGUUCUCCUCUGUUGGCUUGGAUUCCAGCGUUGAGUAUGUGGUGACCGUCGCCGAGGGCGCGCAAACGCUGGCAGACCUCAUCGCGAGCCAAGCCUCCGCCUGCCCCGACCAGAGGUUUAUCCUGAGUGGAUAUUCCAAGGGCGCCAUGGUAGUCCACUCAUCGACGGCGGACCUGACCGACGACUUGAUCAGCAAGGUCUGCGGGAUCGCCGUUUUCGGGGACCCCGACGAUGAGAAGGGCUUGGGCGCCAUCUAUGGGCUGGCGGACACGUGGCCCAUCGCAGAACCACAGAUCGGGACGAACAUCCUUGAAUUUUGCAACGAAGGCGACCCUGUCUGUGACGGAGGCGCCGAUAUCGACGCGCAUUUGGCGUAUCCCUCGGACGGCUCUGUGCUACAGGCGGCGACUGGGCUCGCGGCGGUUUGCGCGUGA